AUGUCAAUCGGUUCCUAUAUUUUGUCGGGCGUCAGCUCCUUCGUGGUAUUGACAGUGUCACUUUUCGCCAUCGGCCAAAAGGUCCCCCGGGCAGCAUUUGUUGCUCGCUGUCUCGCUUCGUACGGAUCCCUCCUCAUAUGUGCAACUUACGGUGUCCUUGCAUCCAUCGUCCUCCGUCUCGCCGGCUAUGGCCGAAUCUCCCAAUGGGCCACCGCCCGCAGUUUCAAAUGGGUGAUGGCACUCACCACCGGCGUGCGCUUUGAAAUCGAGGGUGCCGAGCAUCUCACCACUCGCCCAGCCGUCUUCGUGGGUAACCACCAGACUGAACUGGACGUACUCAUGCUCGGCAACGUUUUCCCGCCAUACUGCAGUGUCACGGCCAAGAAAUCAUUGCGCAAUAUUCCUUUCCUUGGCUGGUUUAUGUGGCUUUCUCGCACCGUCUUCAUUGAUCGCGCGAAUCGGGAGACUGCUAUGAAGGCUUUCGAUGGUGCCGUGGAUGAGAUGCGCACUCACCGCCAAAGUGUUUUCAUCUUCGCUGAGGGUACCCGGAGUUACUCCGAUGAGGCCAUGAUGCUGCCUUUCAAGAAGGGUGCUUUCCACCUUGCUGUUAAGGCUGGUGUACCUGUUGUCCCUGUCGUAACGGAGAACUACGCCCAUAUUUUGUCAGUUCGUGCUAUGCGGUUCAACUCGGGCACUAUCAAGAUCAAGGUCUUACCUCCAAUCGAGACCAAAAACCUGACACCCGCAGACGUGGACUCACUCACCCAGUCCACCCGCGAAUCCAUGCUAAAGACCAUCUUGGAGAUGGCCCAACCGGAAGACAAGGUUGAGUCUCGACCCAAUGGUGUCUCGACUGCUAUUGAGAUCUGA